UUAAACGAUGGUCGCAAGAUCACUCGCAUGCUGUCCCUUCUCGAAGAUCAUUCUUCACUGGUAAUGGCUCUAGCCCAGUGCGACGUCCCAUGGCUCCGAAACCUCCUUCAAACUGCAUUGAAAAAUGGCGCGAGUAUUCAUACUAUUCUCCGAUUAAUUGAGGAUGCACUCGAGCGGGGCUAUCGGCCAUGGACAAGUGGGAAAGAUGCCCAGGAUCUCUCACUUCUUAUACUGUGUCUCGGAGGACAUAACCUCCUCUUUUCUCUCAGCCAGUGUCUCCCUAUCCUAUCCCUUCGAACUCUACGUCGACAUGUCUCAUUUGUCAAGAUCGCACCAACCGUGGGCAAGAUCACACACGAUACCAUCCGUCACAAUAUUGAAUCUGUUGUAAUUGCUCCCCGUGCCGAAGCUGGACUGAACACAAUCCGUGGUGUCAGUUUCGUUGUUGACGAGACUGCACUUGAGGAAGCAGCUGUUUAUCUCCCGCAGUCUAACAGCAUUGGUGGUCUUUGUUGGACCCAUUCUCAUUGUGUCGACUCUACUCUUAACAACUAUCAUUCCGCUCUCAAUAUUGCCGAGGCUCUCAAGGCUGGCGACGUUCAUCUUGGGAAGGAAGUUUUGGUCGUCGGUGCACACUUAUUCAAUGAAGAUGGUGUCUAUCCUAUUCUCGCAGCACCAACGUGCAAGAGUGAAGCGGCCAGUGACAUGGAGUUUAUUUUCGAGUCCACCAUCAAGUCCUGGUAUGAGAGCGGAGCUGAUACCAAGGUUGGACCAGUGUGGUCCUUUGCCACGGAUGGCGACGCAACCAGACGUAAAGCUGGACAUAGUGUAUUUCUUCGUAAUCCCCUUCCCAUCACGUCCCCAUUGUACGGCACACUCAGCAAUCUUCGUGGCCUCAACACUCUAACUGGCGAACAUGAAAUCACCCUCGACUUCGAUUACAAACACGUCAUCAAACUCUCCCUAACAUUAAUCUUUGCAGGCUUUGGUACAAUGUUACGCUCUCGUGCCGGCAUGCAUCUAAAUAACGGACGCUGCAUCAAUUCAAGCAUGCUCGAGCGCUAUCUCUCAUGGGUUGACGGUGUGGAUGAAACUCGGGCAACAAAGCUGUUGUAUCCGGACGUUCCUCGUGCAGUCGAGUUGAUGAAGGCUGUCAUUUCCCUUAGCGAACUAGAUCCUACAAAACCACCACACACUCCCGAAGGUACCUUCCCGCAUGUUGACACUGUCGCCGACUUUGAUGCGAUCAAGAUACUUGGACAUAUUCUCCGCAGCCUCGUUGACCCGUUUAUCAACAUCACACUUUCCCUCACUGAACAAACGAUCUUGCUCAGUCGGCUUGCGCACCUGCUUUAUGCAUGUUACCAUAAUCAACGCCGCUCGUUCAUGCCAAAUCAGUUGUUUUACGACACUCAAACGCUUGUGAAAAAUGCCGUGUUUUGCAUCAAAAAACAACAGAAUCUCGAUCUGAAUGCACCAUUCACACUCCUCGACACUGGCGACGACUCCCUCGAGCUUCUAUUCAUGUUUCUCCGCAUGUGUGGCGGGCAUAACAGUGCUAUAAACUAUAAACAAUCUCUUGAUCGACUUGGUGCCACACGAGACAUGGGAGGUGUCUAUGCACGCAACCCCGAUAUCGCUCAUGGUCACCACCAUCUGAAUCUCACAUCACGCACUGAAUCUGUCGACCAUAUCAAUCGCUCAAUGUGGCUGGGCGACAUCAUUUCUGGACACUGUAAUCUGCAGAGCGCGUGGAAGCAGGGCUGCUACGAGGCCGUUGAACUCCUUCAUGUCACACAGAUUCCCUCAUCGGCUUACGAUUUCAACACUUACUUCUUCGCUGGUUCAGGAAUUGACCUCAUGUGCGUGUUUGGAGAGGGUAAGUAUCCCAGCAUUGACGACGGAGACGAUAACGAUCGGACGCUCAUUGAUUUGUUGAUGCCAGAACAACAGGUAAGCGUGACUGAUCAUUCACUUCGAGUCUAUGCUAAUAUGUGA